UAACAUUUCACUGUAGCCGUCGGAUCAGAUCACAUGUCUGAAAAAGACACAACAAAACAUGUCAAUAUUAGAUUAGGACCAAAACGAUGAAACUAAAGACAGCUUGAUUUCUUCUGAAAGAAGAGCAGAAACAGCAAGUGGAAGUUGGAGCUUCCUGCUGUACGGACGAAAUUCCGGGAACUCAUUAUGUAAUAAUGACAAAUUUUAGCUUAACAAAAAGGAAGCUUUCAUUUCAGUUGAUGCUUUUUAAUGGCAAUCUUCGUCACCCAUGUUACUAUUCUUUCUCUUUCUUUAACUUCAACUUGCCGCAUCCCAUCCACGGCGUUUCUUCUCUCUCUCGUACACCCUAUUUAUGAAUAUUUAUUGGUGGGUGUUUUUAUCUCUUCGAUUUGAUCAUAUAAUAUAAGUUAUAGACAUUUCCAGCUCAGUUUUGGAUGGAUAAUAAAAAUGGGUUCUCGGAUUAUCAGUAACAACAGCAGCACAUGUUGUAUAGUUGCAGCCAAUACCGAAACUUUCUCUUCAUCAGAACAUUUAAACACCGAUAUCUCGGCUUUUCGUCUUCUCUCCAGGAACCUCGAGUCAAUCUUUGAAUCACAGGAUUUCGACUUCUACUCUGACGCCAAAAUCGUGCUUUCAAGCGGGCGUGAAGUUUCGGUCCACCGUUGCAUUCUCUCGGCGAGGAGUCCUUUUUUCAAGAAUGUGUUUUGUGGGAAACAAAAAGGAGCCAAGUUUGAGGUGAAGGAGUUGGUGAGAGAUUAUGAUGUGAGUUUUGAUUCACUGGUUGCGGUUUUGGAUUAUUUGUAUACUGGGAAAGUGAGGGCGUUGCCUAAAGGUGUUUGUGCUUGUGUUGAUGAUGGCUGCUCGCAUGUUGGCUGUCGGCCAGCCGUUGAUUUCAUGGUGCAGGUUCUCUAUGUGUCUUUCACUUUUCAGGCUCCUGAGUUGGUGACUCUUUAUCAGAGGCAUCUACUAGACAUUCUUGACAAGGUUGCUGCGGAUGACAUCCUGGUGGUUUUGUUUGUUGCCGAUAAGUGUGGUAAAGGUUGUGAGAAUCUAUUGGCAAGGAGUAUAGAGAUUAUUGUCAAAUCUGAUGUUGAUACUGUAACUCUUGAUAAAGCCUUGCCCCAACACAUUGUUAAACAAAUCAUGGAUUCACGUUUAGAACUCAGCUCAGGAAGACCAGAAAGCUUCAAUUUUCCGGACAAACAUAUAAAGAGAAUACACCGUGCUCUAGAUUCAGAUGAUGUUGAAUUAGUCAGAAUGCUAUUGAAAGAGGCAGAGUCAAAUCUAGAUGAUGCAUAUGCGCUCCACUAUGCUGUGGCAUACUGUGAUGCAAAGACUACAACUGAGCUUCUUGAUCUUGGACUUGCUGAUGUAAACCACAGAAAUUCAAGGGGCUACACUGUGCUGCAUGUUGCUGCAAUGAGGAAGGAACCCAAGAUUAUAGUAUCUCUUUUGACAAAGGGAGCUCGGCCGUCAGAUCUCACAUUGGAUGGUAGAAAAGCACUUGAAAUCUCAAAGCGGCUCACUAAGGCUGCAGAUUAUUUAACCACUACUGAGGAAGGAAAAUCUUCCCCAAAAGAUCGGUUGUGCAUAGAAAUAUUGGAGCAAGCGGAAAGAAGAGAUCCUUUGCUCGGAGAAGCGUCUCUUUCUCUUGCUAUGGCUGGUGAUGAUCUUCGGAUGAAACUGUUAUACCUUGAAAACAGAGUUGGACUGGCAAAGCUUCUAUUUCCUAUGGAAGCAAAAGUUGUAAUGGAUAUAGCCCAUGUCGAUGAGACCUCUGAAUUUACAUUAGAUGUCAUCAAGUAUAAGAAUAUGGCUGCUGCCCACAGGACAACUGUGGACUUAAAUGAGGCACCCUUCAAAAUUCAAGAGGAGCAUCUAAAUAGGUUCAAAGCACUCUCUAGAACCGUGGAGCUCGGGAAACGCUUUUUCCCUCGUUGUUCAGAAGUACUGAACAAGAUUAUGGAUGCGGAUGACUUAACUCAGCUCGCCUGUAUAGGGAACGACACUCCGGAUGAACGAUUCCUGAAGAGAACAAGAUACAAGGAACUUCAAGAAGUUCUAUUUCAGGCAUUCAAUCAGGAUAAGGAGGAGUUUGAUAGGUCUGCUAUAUCAUCUUCAUCCUCAUCAAAAUCUGUAAAUUUGUUGAGCCAUAAUGCUGGUAAUGCUCACUCAUAACGAUGCUUGGGCCUAAUGCUGCCUUCUUGUAUCAUAUACUUUCAACAUUUUUCUUUUUCCCCUUUGCUAAUGUACUAGUGCUACACAAAAGAAUCAACGUUGCAGGCGUUCAAAACCAA